AUGAGUAGCAGCCGCUACGCCACUGUUCAAGACGAGGAGGAAGAUCUCGAUCUCAUGGAACUUGAUCCGAUGGAAAUUGACACCCCUCCCGUCCAAGAGCCUACAUCAGCCACGACCAGAGCCUGCACCAAUGAGCAAUAUGAGGAGAAUGGAAUCCACCGCCACAUCUUCUACGUUCCCAUUCGAUCUCGCCCCAUGCCGACUCUCGACCUUGACGUUCUGACUGCCGCUCGCGCUGAAAUUACUCAUAUUCAAAGAGCGGGAAUUCCAGUCCUGCAAACCCUGCCUGAGCGACCUGGACCCCACGUCUACAUUCGCGUUGAUACUGACCAGGCAAACCGUGAUCAGGCCCUUAUUGAUGCCACUCUUCGGAUGGGUACCAUGCAAGAUAUGAUCCGGGAUGGCUUUGGCUGGUUCUCGGGUUUGCCUUACCGUCACCCGCAUUUUGAGGUCAAAUUCCUUCGUGGUCGACGCCUCUAG